ACGAUGUACAACAGAAAUAUGUUUACUACGCGAUUUACAUUGCGCAAUGUCCAGAUGGACGACCAUUGUGAUGUUGCGAGGCGGAACUGUCAAACUAGAAGGUGAAUAAUCGUGCUCAAUGUUUACAGCGGGAAUCUGGAGGAAAAAGCACAAUUUUACCGUGCAAAACGUUUUCCCGGCCAGUGAAUUGCGUGCCAGCAGUGUGCAAUGGGUGCAGUGAAUUGGCAACGCUAUAAUUUAUUGUCCCCGCGAAGGUGCAUACGCAUCCAAUCAGCAUCACCGAGCAGGGCACACUGAACCCAAUCGUUCCACCAACGCGCUCUUGUUAAACAAGUGUCUGGAAGGAAGGAAGCACUGGUGCCAGCCGGAAACUUAAUUUGUCCGAGCAUUGCAACCCGGUCUCGAAAAGCGUCGUAUCAAACAAAGCAAUAGUAAUAAUCAAAACCCAGUGUACCAUAAGGUGGUGGUGCAGCCCUGUACCAGCCUGCCGCCCCCCCGUGUUGGUAUUGUAGGUGCCGCGAAGAAACAAACGACACUACGGGUGCGUAGGUGCGUGUUUUGCGCGUGUAUGUGUGAGACAUCAAAACAGUGCUGGGAUGUGAGUGAGGAUGGUUUUUUGUUGUGCAUUCAUUGUUGGCCAGCAAGGAUUCAUUUCGAAUCGUCCGUGGGUGUUAAUGUUCCUCGGUUGAGGUGCAGUGUGUAGUUGUGUGCCGUACGGAAACGAAUCGAACAACGAAACGAAAAUGGUAAAGGAAAUUCCCUCGAGUACGGUGGUAAACCGUGAUGAAGAGUGUUUGAAAAAGUCACUGAUGGAGGUUGUGAAAAGCGAUUCGAGCAACCUGUGUCGAUUAUGCUUGUCCAAGGAGCAAAAGCUGACGCGUGCAUUUUCCGACGAAAGAGGAAUUGACGAUGCGUUACUGAAGAAAAUAUUCGAUUGCACCACAGUGAAGGUGAAACUGAAAAGCAUUUUCCCCUCUGCCAUUUGCGCGGUGUGUGACUUGAAGCUGAACGAAUUCUACAAGUUUCGAGAGAAAUGCAUCGAAAACGACACAUUUCUGCACAACCUGCUCGACGAUCGCGUGGCGCUGGCCGGGGUCGACCAAUCGGUGCCCAUCGUAGAGGAGCAGCAAAACCGGCCACCAACAUCAAAGGGCUGCGGGAGUGCCGAGCAGCAGGCUGCUACGUCGACCACUUCCAUCCCGGAGACGCAAAAGCACAACAGUAGCGAAAUGAUGGCGAUCGCGUUAAAUCAGUUGUCUUCGUUCGGUUUGCGACCCCUGCAAGACCUGAUGCUGGAGACGAACGGUGGCCCAUUGGAACCCGCCACUGGUGCACUGCUUCCCAGUAGCGGUGGCAAUGUCGUAUCGUCGUCCUCUGCCCCGUCGCAACCGCAUGACGCACCUGCCCCGCCACUGAUCUCCUCGAUCGAUUUUGUUUCACAGAAACAGCGACAAAUGGAGCAGGAACGAACCUUUGCGCUGGCAACGCUGGAAAUGGCUGGCCUGCAGCAGGCAAUGCGUAACAGUGCGGAAGGUGGCGGCAAGUUCAAGUGCACGGUGUGUCAUCGAACGUUCCGCAAUGCUUACACGCUUCGGCGGCACAUGAACCUGCACACCGAAACGAACCUCUUUCCUUGCGAGUACUGUGGCAAGAAGUUUAACGAUCGCUCGAACUGGAAAAUCCACCAGCGAACCCACACGGGCGACAAUCUGUACACCUGUCUCGUCUGUCUGAAGACGUUCAUCUCUCCCUCGACGCUCAAGUACCACCGCCGAUCGCACAGACGGCUCGAAUCGUUCGACUGUCGGCUCUGUCCGGGCACCUUCAGCACCUACGAUCUGCUCGAGGAGCACGCGCGAAACAUGCACCAGGACAUGCAAGACCUGCAGUCGGAGGAGCCGCUAAUCGAUGCGGCAAGCUUCGUAAAGAUCGAACUGGAGGAUGGUGAACUGUCAAGCUCGAUGGCGGUAGCCGAUGUUUCCACUACGCGGUUACCAUGCAACGCGGACCACGACGACCAUGACAACCGUGAGCGACGAUCAAUCGACAGCAGCAGUGUGGAUGAAGCGCAACUCGCGGAGCUCUAUCGAACGCAGCAAAUGUUGGAGCUGUUCGAAAAGCAAUUCCGGGCCGGUGUUGUGACCAGCGAGACUGAAGCGGAUGCGGAAAAGCCUGCGGACGGCGUUGCUGAAGAGAACGUACGGCAGGAGGUGGCGGUCAUUAAGCGAGAAAUGCUAAGGGAAAUGCAUCAGCAGCAAGACGUGGAGGUGAAGGAAGAACCGCUCGAUGAUUCUUUCGAGCUAGAUCCAAGCGAACUGUUGCAGCAAGCGAUGGAGGAAACGGGCGAUGCCAACGAUGAUAGUGAAGGUGGAGAGAAACAGUUCCUAUCAUCCUCUAGUGAAUCUUCCUCCCCUUCGGCGGUGAUUCUGUUUCGGUGCGAUUACUGCAUGAAAAUAUUCCAUUUCCUUGACGAACUGAACGCGCACAUGCUACUGCACAACGGCGCAAAGGGCAAAGGGGUAGAGAAUGGCGCUGUUAUGCUUGGUUCGGCUGCAACCUCCACAACGCCCGGCGGAGUCGCCAGCACUACCACCAUCACACCACAGUCCGCCGACCCGAUGGCACUGCUAGCGCUGAUGGGUGCAAGUCGACCCAUUCCAAUACUACCCAAACCCGUUGGGAAAGAGUCCAGCGCACUACGCAAACCGAAAAGGCGACGCACUGUUCCGGGGCCAACAGAGCAGCCCGGCAGAUCGCAGUUGGAAACGGUGAGCGGGGAAAGUCUCGCACCCACGACCGCACCUCCCGAACAUCCCUGCGCAAAGUGCCCGAAAAUGUUCCGCACGGAGGAGCUAAGGCGCGUCCAUGAAGCGACGCAUGCCGAUGACGAACAGGCGCACAAGGUGCGCAGCUGUCGUAUCUGCAACAAGCUGUUUAAAUGUGAGCUAAAUCUGCUUGCGCACAUGCGAAAACAUUCGCUCGCCGUGUUGCAAGGUUCACCGGCUGCUGAUGGUGAACCGGCGGCGGGGGAGGAUAGCAGCGGAAAUGAUGAGUCCUGUUCGUCAUCCUCGCACGCCGGCGGUACAAAUUCCGCUUCGUUACGCGAACCCACCACCCACCACAGUGCAGCUCGCCCCGCCACCGAUGACAGUGACGAGGGAGAGACGGUCGCCCAAACGUCGGAUUUAGCCUCGUCCGAGAGUGGUACCGAGGCGGCACCCGGAGUCGGCGAUUCGCCAGCGGCAUAUCUUUCCCGCGGCACGUUUCGCAAGUGUGAAAUCUGUGCCAUCACGUUUAAGGACUCGGUCACGCUCGAUAAGCACAUGAUGUGCCACUUUGAGCGCAAGGAAGCGAUCGCAUUCGUGCCGCAAACGGAUCGCCCAUUUCAGUGUACCGAGUGCCACAAAAGCUUCAAGCGAAAGGACUAUCUGCUGAUUCACAUACGCACGCACACGGGCGAACGGCGGUACAAGUGCGACCUGUGCUCGAGCGCGUUCGUGCACCCGUCGAAUCUGAUCACGCACCGGAAGCUACACUCGAGCGAACGGCCAUAUCAAUGCACGCUGUGCGGCGCCACGUUCAAACUGUUCGCCGGCCUGAAAAUCCACCGAAGGCGCUGUGAGCAGAAGCUACCGAAGAACUGGCCCGAUGGUGUAGCUACGGUUGGGUUUGGCGCGGGCCCGCACGAGCUACCGGAUACGGCCGCCGAACCGGUGCUACCGACCGACAACGUGCACUAUCCAUUCUGAAUGGGCACGCAUGGGUAAGUUUAGGCGAGCAAUCACCGAAAGAUUUCUUAAAGGCGGAUGCAACAUCCCCGUGUAGGUGUUAGAUUAAAAGCAAGCAACGAACUGCAAUUCUGCGUUUAUUGUAUGGUAGCGCGCACCCGCUUCCUUACGUCUUACAUUUGCCAUGUAUAGCAUAGGGCUAUUGAUAGCAGAGAGAGAGAGAGGAGAAUCAGCUUGGCGCGGCUCUUCAAUAGUGUUUUUGUUUUUUGUGGUAGGAUUUAUUAUUUAGCGAGAGAGAUAUCCCUUUUUUAAUUCUGCAUAGUGUGUACACUUUAAAAAACAGAUAUUUUAUCACAAGAAAAUCGUCGUGUUUGGUAUCGAUCAGUUUACCUUUCUUGCAUGCGCCGUUAAGGGAAACUUACACGCAACAAACUACUCAAAUCUGAAGGAUGGUUGUGUUAGCUGAGAAAAAAAAAUACAAAAAAGAAACACACAUACACUCACUUACAAUGGCGAUACUAAAACGAGAAAACUGUGAUUAUUGUGGAGUCAGGCAUAGGGUAGUGCAAAAAGGGAAACAUUUCUCAAACUAAAACAGUUGCUUCGCAGCUACUUCUACACACUUUUCUUCGGUGUAUAGCUUAGGGAUCAAGUAUUACUCGUUAAGGCGCUCGUUGGUGAAACGAUACUGGAAUAACAUUCGUUCCUAUAUCUGGCAACAAUCCUACUCAGUGAUCCGCACGACGAAGAUCGUAAGACAAACUAAUGGAGGAACGCUAGUAUUCCUACAUGCAAAGGGACAACAUUCUAGGUUAGGUAAAACUAAAAUCAGAUUGUAGAGUAAGUUGAAUUGCGUUUCCUUACCUUUUUUUUGUUUUUUUUUCCUUAAGACCUUCCUUUGACUGUGGUAAACAAUGUCGUGUCCUCUCAUUCAUGCUCGCCACUCGCAACGCUACAAAUGUUGAACAUUUCAAAUGAGAUCUUAAUUACAAUUUUGUAAGUCUUAAUUACGCAUUUUAGCCAUUGUAGUUUACAUAAGGUGUUUACGAAGAGGUAGUCAUAGAAUUCUGCAGUGCGUGAUUUCGUCUGCAAGGGCGCUGGUAAAUCCUGCAGAUAGCUAGAUUUUAGGCAUAUGUGUACUCAAUAUCAAAAACACACACACUAACGAAUGCUCGUCGUUAGUAAGUCGUGAGUGGAAGUGCAAGAUCUACAUGAGCUACUCUACGGCUAGCAGGCAUAAAAAUUAAACGUAAAAGAGUCAGCUUAAAAAAACGGCUACAGAGUAUAAAAGAGUCCACUCUCAGUGGAACAUUUUACGUUAAAAAAAAAGCGUCCAAUCGACGGUGGACAAAACGAACAAUCUACUUACUAGAAUGUGUAAGGUAUCUUGAAUCUAUUCUAUAAAUGCCAUAGCAAUGAUGAGGAUCGAAUAAAUCUGUAUAAAUUUUAA